UAAUUAAGAUAAAGUGACUAGUAUUGACUGCUUCAUUUUAUUUUAAUGUAUCUUAUAUUUACAAGUAUAAGGCUUUUUAAGAAACCUCGACUUGGGCCCGUGAUAUGGCUCAGCAGGUAAGGGCAGUGCCGCACAUGCCUGGUGACUGAGUCUGAUAUCGGAUCUCAUGUAGAAAACCUCCUACACAAAGCUGACCUUUGACCACCAUGAGCAAACCAUGGCACUCAAGCCCAGCGCCCCCAACAAAUAAAUAAUUUUUAAAAAGAAACAUGGGCUUACGUAAAUUCCCAUAACUGCUUUCCUAAAUUAUUAAGCUUGAGGCUUCACUGCAGGUUUGUACCAGAACCUUGGCUGUUUCUGUGGAAGAGAUUCAGGGGUGUUAUCUAAUUUGCUUGUUUUAAUUGCACAAGAAGUUACCUUGUUUUGAGUUAGAAGUAAAACAGUAAGUAUAAAAGAUGAGUAGCGGACCUACCUCAUAUGACAGCUGAACAUCGCUGCCUCAUGUUUUUCCCCGUCUUUGGUCUUCCAUUUCUCAUUAGCCUUUUGAAUGUUCAUGAAUUGGCACUCUUUCUGUCACUUAAGAUGGGACAACAGUCAUUCACACUCAUGGGUAGAUUUCUGUCCAUUUUAAUUUAGUGUUAUGGGCCCAUUAUGGCUGCUUGGUUAGCCUAAGUUAUUGAGAAGUUGUAACUAGAAUCCUCAGUGGAUAGGGUUCUUAGUUGGCUACUGGGAGCCUAAGGUUGAUCUUUUUCAGUAUCUUGUUUUCCUGGCUUCUGUACUUUCAAUUUCUACCAUAGGAGAGGACUUAGAGAAAGAUUUAGACUAGGAGUCAGAAAACCCAAUUUUUAUGUUCUGUCGUCUCCCAGAUGUGUGACUUUGAGCAAGUCACUUCAUCUACCGUGUUUCUGCAUUUUAUAACUCUAAAAUGGGGCUUACUGGAUCAGCAGCGUGGGGAGAAAGAUGCUUAUGUCCCUGCCUAGUUAAAUUAUUUCUUUAUCUUAGAAUCCCUUCUCAGGUUAUAUACAUUUUCUUUCUGUGUUCCCCUGGCGGCCUCCAUUUCCCAUUUGGAGUCUUGGUCUCUUUUCCUCUUGGGCUCUGCCAGUCCGCCCUACUAUAUACACUUUGGAUUCUAUUCUGGACUUCAGUUGUUGCCUUUCUUCCUAGAUUGAAAGCUCCAUGAGGGUAAGGAUUAUACUUUUCUUAUUCCCAUGUAUCCAUAUUUCACACUGGCUCCCUCACACCAUGGUUGUGGACCUAAAAUAAAUCUUGGUUGAAUGAUGAUUGAGGCAGUCAGGAAAGAAUACUUUGGAUGUUGGGAAAUGCCUUUUAAUUCGAUCCAUCACCAAUUGUUAAUAGUAACUGAAUUGACACGUAGGUGAAGCUUGUGUGUUCUUACCUACACAGAGUUUGGAAGUACAAGGAAUGAAGAGGUGUCCCAGCAGCCUGUUCGACAAUUGUUCAUCUCUUAUGCCCUUUGUGGAGGCCUGCCUCUUCCUAGCUGCUGUGAAGAAUCAAAUCUGACUACAUCUGGUCUGGUCUGAGUUUUAGCUUGUUUGCUUUGAAGAAUUUGUAGAGUUUUCCUGGCUUCUGGGCUCCUGAAGACGCAGUGCUGGAGCAGAUGGAUAAUGGAGACUGGGGCUAUAUGAUGACUGACCCAGUCACAUUAAAUGUAGGUGGACACUUGUACACAACGUCUCUCACCACAUUGACCCGUUACCCGGAUUCCAUGCUUGGAGCUAUGUUUGGGGGGGACUUCCCCACAGCUCGAGACCCUCAAGGUAAUUACUUCAUUGAUCGAGAUGGACCUCUUUUCCGCUAUGUCCUCAACUUCUUAAGAACUUCAGAGUUGACUUUACCCCUAGAUUUUAAGGAAUUUGAUCUGCUUCGGAAGGAAGCGGACUUUUACCAGAUUGAGCCCUUGAUUCAGUGUCUCAAUGACCCUAAGCCUUUGUAUCCUAUGGAUACUUUUGAAGAAGUUGUGGAGCUCUCUAGUACUCGGAAGCUUUCUAAGUAUUCCAAUCCUGUGGCUGUUAUCAUAACCCAAUUAACCAUCACCACCAAGGUCCAUUCCUUACUAGAAGGCAUCUCAAAUUAUUUUACCAAGUGGAAUAAGCACAUGAUGGACACUAGAGACUGCCAGGUUUCCUUUACCUUUGGACCCUGUGAUUACCACCAGGAAGUCUCUCUCCGGGUCCACUUGAUGGAAUACAUCACAAAACAAGGCUUCACGAUCCGCAAUACUCGGGUGCAUCACAUGAGUGAGCGGGCCAAUGAGAACACAGUGGAGCACAACUGGACCUUCUGUAGACUGGCCCGGAAGACGGAUGACUGAUCUCCAGCCUGAGACACGUUCCUGGAAACUCACUCUUCAGGAAAUGGAAGAGACUGUUGUUUUGUUAAGUCACAGUGUCCCCCCCUUUUUUUUUUAAUAUUUGUAUUUAUUUGAAGGCAUUGAGGACCAGAAGGAAGUUUUGUUCAUUAGCAGCCUCCUCUAUGUUUUGUUCCCGGGUAUGCAUGUGCCUGUUCAGAGUCUCUAAAGACCUUUUUUAUAAAAAGAAGUCUGAAAAUCAUUAUGGUAUGUAAUCAGCUCUACCCUUAACAGCUUUUUUUUUUUUUUACAGUGCUAAAAUGAUUUCUGAUAAGAUGGUCCCUAACUCAACUAGAAGGCUAAAAAUACAGGAAUGAAAGAGUAAGCAGAGUACUCAUGAUGCCUUUAAGAAAAAUCAAGAUAUCAUGUAGGGUGACCUAGUUUCCAGACCAGUAAGCAGUAUUGUAAUAUUAAAGGAAAACUGUUCCAAUCAUUUAAAGGUACUUGUUAAGUACUCCUUUUUACAGUUAUGACAACUGUUUCUUUCUAUGCAUAUAAAUCAAGCAACCAAAUAUCUGUAGCCAUGGAAAUGUCUGACUAGAAAUAUUUAUAUUGGAUUCUGAAUACAAAGUGUCCCUAUGGUAGAAGUCUUAUGCCUGGUGCAGUAUAAUUCCCAAGUGUACUGUCUACCAGGAAAGAAAAACCUAAUAAAAAAAUGAAAUAUGAACAUUA